CGCCGCAAUUCACAGCCUCAGCUGUCAAUCACCGGGUCCCGGCCAGUGAUUCCUCGCUGGCACAUGGUGAUCGCUGAGUAUCUCCAAUGGGGGAGAGACCUGUGUGUAAACAACACACAUCUCUCCCCUGUCAGCUCCUGCACACUGCUUUGUAUGGCACUGUAUAGCAGAGCCAGUGUAAAACAUUCACACAGCACACAGCGAAACAGCACAUAGCACACAGUUAACCCUUUGAUCGCCCCAGAUGUUAACCCCCUUCCUGCCCAGUGCCAUUAGUACAGUGUCAGUGCUUUUUAUUAGCACUGAUCACUGUAUUGGUGUCACUGGGGAUGUCAGUGACACCAAGUCAGUUCCCCCCAGUGUCAGAAUGCCUGCCGCAGUCCUGCAGCCCGCUAUAAGUUGCUGA